CUUCACCACCUGCCUCUCCGUUCCUCCAUCUCUCUCUUCUCUCUCGGCGCGCGCGAACCACGGUGGUAUGCUACGUGCAUCUGGCACAACCAACAACGCGACGUCGGGAUGAGGGGCGGCGACGGCGACAAGGAGGCCUUCUUCCAAUGCCUGGACCGCGUGCCGUCCGGCAUCCACAUCGACGCCGACUUCCCCUCCGACGACGACGAGGAUGACGAGGACGACGCCCGCGCCUCCUUCUCGUCCGCCAUGGGCGACCACCAGUUCCAGAGCUUCCGCAGGCACCAGGCGGCCGUGCUGCUGGAGGACGACGACGAGGAGCAGGAGGAGGCGGAGAUGGAGGACGCCUCCAAGUACGACAUGUGGAUGUCCGACGAGCCCAUGUCCAUCCAGGAGCGCCGCCGCCGCCUGCACCAGGGCCUCGGCAUGGUCAGCAGCCGGGACCUCGCGCUCCGCCGCCACAGCACCAAGAAGCGCUUCGCCGACGUGCCACGGAGCGUCUCCAGGAAGUUGAUGCAGCUGCAGGAGCAGCCGCUGCCACCGGCGACGUUGCCGGUCCCCGACGCGCCGAGCGCCGCCGCGGCGACGGCGAAAGCUCCGGCGCCGCCCAAGUCGGGCCUGGCCGCCGCGCGGGACAUGCUGAAACAGCCGCCAGCCAAGCCGAUCACGCGGCGCCGGUCGGACAGCUUCCUCGCCGUGCGAGACGGCACGCCCGGCAAGGGGAAGCCGUCUCUGCGCCGUGCCCGCUCCUUGAUCAGCCCGCACGACCCCUGCAGCAGCUCGCUGGCCGACAAGUUUAAAGCGACACGUGCUAAGCCCGGCGUGCCCCUGCCGGCAGCAGUACCGGCGGAUAAAGACAGGAAAGGCGACGGUGGGGACGGGAGCGUCGGCCAGACCAAGAAACAGGAGAAGGAGAAGGAGGCCGCCGUGGUCGCUGCGCCCAAGGACCAGAACCAGACCGGCGUGCAGAUGGGGCUGGAGGAGAUCGAGAAGUUCAUCGGCAACACCCCCAUCAUGAAGCACCUCAUGCGCCGCGGCCCGAGCCAGCACCACAGCCCGCCCAUGCCGGCGCCCACCGGCGCCGCGCCGCCCAAGGGCGACAAGUCGGCCAGCAAGAAGAAGGGCGGAUGGCUCAAGAACAUCAAGUCAGUCGCCAUCGGCGCCUUCAUCCAAGAAAAGGACGGCAGCAGCAAGCCGGCCCCCGCCGCGACGACAGGCGCCUCCCCAAAAAAGGGCAACGCCGGUGCCACCGUGCCACCACCAUCGUCCUCCGCCUCGACGUCCUCGGAGAAGCUUAAGGUGCAGAACUACGGCAAGUCGAGCAAGGAGCUCACUGGCCUCUACAUGUCCCAGGAGAUCCAGGCGCACGAGGGAUCCAUAUGGAGCAUCAAGUUCAGCGCGGACGGGCGGCGGCUCGCGAGCGCCGGCGAGGACAGCGUGGUGCGCGUGUGGGAGGUGGUGGAGACCAGCGCGCCGGCGGGCUCCGUUCCUCAGGACGGGUCCCUGCCCCCGCUGCCUAGCGGUGGCACGACGGCGGACGGGGCGACGCCGGCGCUGUCCAAGAAGUCGACGACCAAGGGCGGCAAGACCGCCAAGGACGCGCUACCGGAGCACCUCGUCGUCCCCGACAAGGUGUUCGCGCUGGCCGAGCAGCCGCUGUGCGUUCUCGAGGGCCACGAAGACGACGUGCUCGACCUCACCUGGUCCAAGUCCGAUCAGCUGCUGUCGUCGUCGAUGGACAAGACGGUGCGGCUGUGGGACACGACGAGCAAGGCCUGCCUCAAGAAGUUCUCGCACAGCGACUACGUGACGAGCAUCCAGUUCAACCCGGUGGACGACCGGUACUUCAUCAGUGGCUCGCUGGACGCCAAGGUGCGGCUGUGGAGCAUCCCCAACCGGCAGGUCGUCGACUGGACCGACGUCAAUGAGAUGGUCACCGCCACCUCCUAUACACCCGACGGCCAGGGCGCCAUCAUCGGAUCACACCAGGGGAGCUGCCGGUUCUACAAGACGGCUGACUGCAAGCUGAGCGCAGAGUCGCAGAUCGAGAUCGACGCCAAGAAGCGCAAGUCGCAGGCCAAGAAGAUCACCGGAUUCCAGUUUUCCCCGGGGAACUCGUCUGAAGUGCUGGUCACCUCCGCCGACUCGCAGAUCCGCGUCUUCGACGGCGUCACCCUGGUCCAGAAGUUCAGAGGGUUCAAGAACACGAGCAGCCAGAUCGCGGCGGCGUACACCUCCGACGGGCGGUACGUGGUGUGCGCGAGCGAGGACUCGCACGUCUACAUCUGGAAGACCACCCGGACGGCGCCCGCCGCGGCGGCGAUCGGCAUCGGCAUGAAGCCCAAGACGUGGUGCACCAUCCGCUCCUACGAGAACUUCUACUGCAAGGACGUCUCGGCCGCCGUCCCGUGGACCCACUCGCCGUCCCUGCCGGGAAGCCCGAAGUCGCACCAGGGCGGCAUGUCGUGCAACGACGAGGUGUGCACCAUGGCCAGCCACGCCGCCAAGGCGCCGGACGUGAGCAAGAGCGGCGAGCUGACCAGCCCCGCCGCGCCCUCGCCGCACUCCGGUCCGCUAGGCUCCGCGGCGGGGGACGCGCGGCACGGCGGCAAGAGCGGCGACAGCGGCAAUGCGUGGGGCCUGGUGGUGGUGACGGCCACCUUGGGCGGCGAGAUCAGGGUGUACCAGAACUUCGGCAUGCCGUUCAGGAUCAAAGGCCAGGGCAAUCUCUUCUACUGAGUACAGCUGAGGAUUUUCAGAGGCAAAUCUUUUCAAGAUGCAAAUUAACUUAGCAAAUUCUACGCGGACGAAGAAAAUCUGAGCAACUGCCUUAACGAUUUUGUAUGUGACUCGUUUCAGGUAGAUUAUACGCAUAGGAUCAGCAAGUAGGAUGGACAAUUUGGAUAUGUAGCUAGCUAAGUUAGUGCAACAAUUAAAAAAUGUACACAUGAAACUAAUGAGAUUUGCUAUAUUUGCAUU